AUGCUCAGUCACUUGGCCCGAGCAAGGUCUGCUGUACCAAGCAGGAUAACUUCACGAGGUUUCAAUUCGUCUGGUAGAUCAUUGGAUGUAUCAAAAGUGAUUCUUGUGGGUAGAUUAGGUUCAGAUCCUAUAUUACGAACGACGACAAGUGGGAAACCGUAUUACACAUAUACUGUAGCUACUAGCGUUGGAUCCCCUGUAGAAGUGGAAGGCGGAAAACUGCAAGAUCCUCCUACAUCAUGGCAUACGAUAUUCUCGUUCAACGAAUUUCAACAUCCUUCACUACAGAAACUAGGUAAAGGGUCAUCUGUAUAUGUAGAAGCGGAAUUGCAAAUGAGACCUUCUGAAUCUUCUUCCAAUGGUCAUUAUACUCACGAUAGAGCUUUUCUCAAACAUCAAAAAAUCAGUGUAAUAAAUAGAGUCAAACCGGAGGGUGAACAAUCAGAUAUUGAAGAAGAUAUCACUGAGUAG